GAAAACCAUUUGCUAGUCAGCCUGACAAAUGAUCGUGAAGGGAAUUUGCGGCUGGGAAAUUCGAGCUUGGCCAGCUGAAAAUAGGAAAAUAUCCCGAAAUUUGCAAGUUACUCCAGCCUGGCUCUUAUUUUGAUGUAAUUAACUAUUUCAGCCAGCCUGAAUAUAUCACAUUGAAUCCAUCUGAAUAGUCAAUUCUUCAAAUUGAUUAAUCUCCAGCCUGGCUCGAAAACUGAAAACGGAAGGGUAUCCAGCCUGUAAAUUGUUGGAGUCAAAUUGGUUUCUCUCAUUUUGCUUUUCCUUUUUUUUUUUUGGUUGGGUUGGUGUUGGCCCAAAUUGCUCGGCUGUCUAGGUGAAUCAAAGAGGAAAAUGUUUUCUUAUCUCUCUCCAGGCUGCCUUUCGUUCAAAAAAUGAGGAGAAGGGGAUCUCGCCUCUUUCUCUUUCAUCGCUCUUCCCGUUCGAGCAGAAUACGGCGGCCGUCGCCGUUUUACUGUCGGCGAAGUUCAGAUCGCCAGACGGAGGUCGAGACCUAACGGCGAUUUCGCCGGAGGUCAAAACUAAAAGGAGUGAUUAUCUCCCUCUAUUUGAGUAUCAUCCCGACUCGAUUUGGCUCGGUUUUUCAUGGGGUGUCGCCAGAGUUUGUAGAGCAGGUAAAUGGGACUGGGGGCGAUGAGUCCGAUGAGCAUUGACGGCGGUGUCUGCCGCUGCUUGAUUCGAGAAGAGGGGGCCGUUCGACGGCCCGCGCCCGUGGGGGAGAAGAGUUCUGGGAUGGAGGCGGCGCCAAUGCUUCUCGCCGUUUGUCAAGGAAGGACUUAACGGUUGCAGCCUGAAGAUCAAGGGUUCAGGGGCAGCGGUGACGUGGGGUUUGCGUCGUUAUGGUGGUCGUGUAAGGAAUUUCCCUAUACUUGAAUGGGAAGUACUUGUUUUUCUGAUUUGCUGCACUUUUGGUUUCUUUUGCGCCGUUUGGCAGUCGAGUGGUUAAGGAGACAGACUUGAAAUCCGUUGGGCUUCAAGAAUUUGGUGGCUGGAGAAGCCAGGUGCGCGGCGACGGCGUGGUAGACAGAGACGAGUCGCGCGGCGGCGUGGCGUUGCCGGAGGCCGUAGCUGAUUUGUGUGGCGUUUCGUGUAAGCUUGUGCGGAGGGCGAGGGUGGCCUUGGGACGCAAUCGUUGUUUGUCCAGCGACUUCAGCAUCUCCACAACCGGCGACUGCUAUCUACCUGAGCAGUUGGCUCGAAGCGCGCGAUGGCGUUGCGAUGUCGCCGACUGCCAGAGUCUUCGAAGGAAUUGCUUACAUCUCACUCUGUCUCUUUUUAUCUCUCAUUUUGUUUAUCUGUGAGGGAGCGAGCAGUACAAAGUAAGCAAGGGGAGCCUUUUGAACUGGUUUUGUGCUCUCUUGAGGUGGAAUUUUGCUCGAAAAGGAAGGGCAGAGGAAAAAGAUAGAUUUGAGAGAAAGCUAUAGGCCUCUUUUUGUAUAAGCUUGUCCGAGGAGGGGGCCUACCAGCUUGGCUUUCGAUAGUGCUAGCAAGAUCGAUUGGUUUUUAGGUUUUAGCGAAGAGGAUCGCCAAAUCUGUAACAUUUUGACCGAGGCCAACUUGCGAGUUAGCUCUUUGUGGAGCCGCGUGCCCGCAGAUCACAGGAUGUCGAAGUCAUAUGUUCCUCCUCUGCUUGGGAAGGGCGCUGCAAUGGACGUGAUCCGUAGGAAUAGGCAGAAGGCUGCUAGCUCGAGUGGUGCGGUUACAGCUGAUGUUACUGCAGCACGUGUCCCGCAUUCGACCCGUGUUUCGGCUCACAAGAAAAAGCGGUCUGCUGAGGUUGACCUCACUUUGUCCGACCGGGUGGACGAUGAUCCUGUCAACCUGUCAUUUCCGAACGUAUCGGCGCAUGCCCAGCUUGGACCUGUUCGAGGGGUGGCCGAACAGCUAUUACUCCCACGUGACCGAGAUUAUUUGAAGGAGAUGGGGAGUGGUAGCGUGGCUAGUGAGCUCUUCGAUCAUGCCUUCUUGAGUUUGCAGAAAGCCGCCUUCCUAAUGGAGAGAACUGGUGCUAUGGAGGCGGAACUUCGUGAGUUGAGGGCCGAGCGGGAGAACUGGAAGGGAGAGAUGACGGCUGUCAAGAAGACGCGUGAUGAGGCCCGUCAGGUUGUCAAGAAGUUGGAGUCUGCCAAGUUGGAAGAUGCUCGCCGGCUGGAGCGGGCUGUAGCGGACUGCAAGGAACUCGAAGCCAAAGUUGUUGCGUUGGAGCAACAAGUACUUUAUAAAAGCUGUGAGACGGAGGUUCGAGUUCGGGGCGAGAUGGCCUUGGCGUAUCUCGAGAAUCAGCCCCCCAAGACUUGGGAUGUCCAACAAUACAUCGAUGAGUUUAAUGAGUGGAAGGCUGGCAGGGAGGAGCAAGCGGCGGAGCUAGCUAGCAACUUGGCUGGGAUGACCACUGAAGACGAUCAUCCUUAGACGGGGAAGCUACAUCUUGAGGAAGAGACGUCUUAUCAUUUUUCUUGCACUGUUUGAAACUUAACUAUUUGACUAACUGCUUGUGUUGGUAUGCCUCCAGCUUGAACUUUUAGACCAUUGGGUCGGUUCAAGCUGUCUACUAUGUUGUGAUAUUUUCUUUGUGAACUCUUUGGGAAGUCAGCAUUAUUGUAUAUUUGUGAGAUUUUCCUUAUUCUAUGAGAUGCGAUUGCCUUA